AUGCACGUGGACUCCAACAGCAAAGAGUGCAUCCUCGUCUAUCCUUACUUUCGAGAUACAUUGCUCGCGCUCCUCCAAAAUGAUCCCGCCUUUCCACCAGAUGAGCGAGUAAGAAUCAUGCGACGUGUUGCAGAGGCAGUUCAGGAACUUCACGCACAAGACUGGAUUCAUGCCGAUAUCAAGCCAGACAAUGUCUUGGUUGAUUGGGAGAGUGAUAGCGAGGGCAACAAAACAGUCACCAACGUCGCAUUAGGUGACUUUGACAUCGCCUGUAAGCUCAAAGAAGGCGAGACUCGCCUAACGCCGCACGCUGUGGGCAAUGCCAUGUGGCGCAGUCCUGAGGCUCAAACGGGCAUUUCUACCAGGGCUUCGGACGUCUAUUCAUUGGGACUAGUGUACAUCUACACCUUGGGAGCAGGAGAGCUCCUCGUCCUCAGGAAUUACCAGGAUCUCGUGAAGGCAGGAAUCACACCAGAGCAAGAAAUCAUCACCAAGCAUUUCUGCUACUUCGGUCCAGUUCCGGAAAGUUUGUACCAGCAGAUCAGGGAUGAAAAUUGGAGGACCGCACUACGGAGCGCCUCCGAAAUGGCCGAAGCAGAAGUGAAGGAGCGGCCAAUACUUCGAUUCCGUCUCUGGGGACAGGAGCUGGGCGAUUCGGCGAUGGAGUUGCUUUCGGGGAUGACCAACCUCGAUCCCAAAGCCCGGCUCACGAUGGACCAGGUGCUGGCUCUGGAAUACUGGCGGGAAUUGAACCCAUGA